AUGUUGGUUAAACUGGCCGUGGCGCUGCUGCUUUUGUCAGUGUUGGAGCAAGUAGUGGGAUCGGAUAAUAUUGAUAUUCAUGACAGCCCACCGGAGAAACCUGCCAGCCAGAAAGGACGCCUCUCCCUGCAGAAUACAGCUGAGAUCCAGCACUGCCUGGUGAGUGCAGGGGAUGUCGGCUGUGGUGUGUUUGAGUGCUUUGAGAAUAACUCCUGCGAGAUACGAGGGCUACAGGAAAUCUGCAUGACGUUCCUGCACAACGCUGGCAAAUUUGACUCUCAGGGGAAAUCCUUCAUCAAAGACGCUCUGAAAUGUAUGGCACAUGGGCUACGGCACAAGUUCAGCUGUAUCAGCAGGAAGUGUGUGUCCAUUAAGGAGAUGGUGUUCCAGCUCCAGAGAGAGUGCUACAUCAAACACAACCUGUGCUCGGCUGCAAAGGAGAAUGUGGCUGUCAUGGUGGAGAUGAUCCAUUUCCAAGAUCUCUUCCCUAAAGGUCCAUAUGUGGAGCUGGUGAAUAUUCUCCUGAGCUGCGGGGAGGAGGUGAAGGAGGCGUUGACACGAAGCGUGCGGCUACAGUGUGAGCAGAACUGGGGGGCUUUGUGCGACAGCCUGAGCCUGUGCUCCUCCCUCACCCCGUCUCCCCCCAGCACCGCCGUCGAACACCGCCGCCCUUUGCCCUCCCAUCCUGAUCCGGAGCACCCUCGCCCCCCGCGGCAAGGCGAGAAGGACAAAGCCGGUAAGGCUGGCUUCAACAAUCACCCACGCAAUCGCAGUCAGGGGCUGCGCCGCCAGAGCCCAGAGGCCGGAGUGGUGGCUGAGCAGGAAGACCCCGAGGCCACUGACAUCCGGAGGUGA